ACGCAUGAAGACGACGAUGAUGCUUCAUUAGAUGAGUCGAGUCGUAAGCCAGGCUCUUCGAUCUCCGCUUGCGUUUCUCGCAAACCCUAAUUCUUGGCACAUCCCCCUUUAGUCAUCUUUUGUUUGCACAGUGGAUCCCUCUCUGGUCAGCUCUAGGGUUUGUUUUUGGUGGCAUCGAGAAGCGGAGCUGCAUCGACUCGGUGUGUGCGCGUCGAGGUUUCACACAUCGGCACCGGAGUGGCGUCGUCGCACGAGAGGCUUGGGAAUUGGCGGUGAGGGUCUGCGGUGAGAUUGAAAGGAUUUGAAGGGGAGUGGGCUUAACCGAAGGCCAAGAUGGUGCUCGCGGAGCUGGGGGGCCGCAUCUCGCGUGCCCUCCAACAGAUGAGCAGUGCCACUUUUAUUGAUGAGAAGGUGCUGACGGAGUGCUUGAACGAGAUUUCGCGAGCGCUCAUGUCGGCUGAUGUGCAAUUCAAGAUGAUCGGUGCCAUGCAAUCGAAUAUUAAGAAGACUGUGAACUUUGACGACCUCGCGGCUGGCCAUAACAAGAGGAAAAUCAUCCAGCAGGCUGUCUUCAACGAACUGUGCAAAAUGCUCGAUCCUGGGAAGCCAGCAUUUGUACCGAAGAAGGGAAAACCCAAUGUUAUCAUGUUUGUCGGUUUGCAGGGUUCGGGAAAGACCACAACUUGCACGAAAUAUGCAUAUCAUUAUCAAAAGAAGGGAUGGAAGCCAGCCCUGGUUUGCGCUGAUACGUUUCGAGCGGGUGCGUUCGAUCAGCUCAAACAGAAUGCGACGAAAGCUAAAAUUCCUUUCUAUGGCAGCUACACAGAGACAGACCCAGUCAAGAUUGCUCAGGAGGGAGUUGAGAGGUUCAAGAAGGAGAACUGUGAUUUGAUUAUUGUCGAUACUAGUGGGCGGCACAAGCAGGAGGCAUCUUUGUUUGAGGAGAUGCGUCAACUUGCUGAAGUCACGAGUCCAGAUCUUGUGAUAUUUGUGAUGGAUAGCAGCAUAGGACAGGCGGCUUUCGAUCAAGCUCAGGCUUUCAAGCAAAGUGUAGCUGUCGGGGCAGUUAUUGUAACUAAGAUGGAUGGGCAUGCCAAGGGAGGAGGUGCUCUCAGCGCAGUGGCAGCCACAAAAAGUCCGAUUAUCUUCAUAGGUACAGGAGAGCACAUGGAUGAGUUCGAGGCCUUUGAGACCAAGACCUUUGUAAGUCGACUUCUAGGUAUGGGUGACUGGUCAGGCUUUAUGGAAAAGAUUCAAGAUGCCGUCCCAAUGGACCAGCAACCCGAGCUACUCCAAAAGCUGUCCGAGGGCAAUUUUACUUUGCGCAUCAUGUAUGAGCAAUUUCAGAACAUCCUGAAAAUGGGUCCUCUCAGCCAGGUGAUGUCAAUGAUUCCAGGUUUUAGUCAAGAGUUUAUGCCGAAAGGUCGAGAAAAAGAAAGCCAGGCUAAGAUUAAGAAGUUUACGACAAUGAUGGAUUCUAUGACAGAUGAAGAACUAGACAGCACAAACCCAAAGCUAAUGACGGAUUCACGCAUAUACAGAAUUGCGAGGGGUUCUGGACGUGGCUUGCGUGAGGUUCAUGAAAUGCUGGAGGAAUUUAAGCGAUUGGCCAAGAUCUGGAGUAAGAUGAAAGGACUUAAGAUUCCUAAAAAGGGUGAUAUGAGUGCUAUGUCUCGGAAUAUGAAUGCACAGCACAUGAGUAAGGUGCUUCCACCUCAGAUGUUGAAGCAAAUCGGAGGAAUUGGAGGCUUGCAAUCGCUCAUGAAGCAGAUGAACUCCAAAGAGUUCUCCGGCAUGUUUGGAGGUGGUGAUGGUUUAGAUAUGAAGUAGUGUACUUGAACUGUAGGUUUUAUUACUCUUGAUUGGGUGUAGCUAUGGGGGACGAGAUCUUCAAGAGUGCUCUACAGGGUUGUAAAUUACCCCGUGUUGAUUACAGCUUUUUCAGAUAGUACCCUCCUGCACUCGCCAAACGGAAGCUUUUUCUGUGUAGAAACCUACCUUCGUCAGGUAGAGAUUGAUUAUGUAUGUGUCAAGCCAAGUAGGAUGCUGAUCUUUAGCUUGUUGCC